AUGAAAAAGAGUUCACAAAUAAUAAUUUUUUUGUUAUUAUCAUUAUUUUGUAAAUUUAGUAUCGGGAAUUGUAAUGAAAAUGGAAACGGUAAUAUAAAUAAAGCCAAUAAUAAUAGUAUAAUAAGAAAAGAAAGAAAAAGAAAAAGUAAAAGUGAUUUUAGUAAAGGGGAACCUGAAAAUAAGGAACAUGAAAUUAUUAAUUUAUAUGAUGAUGUGCAAGAAUUAUUAGGACCCGACGAAAUGAAUAUGUUAGACAAAUAUUCAAUAUUAGGAAUAGAUGAUUGUUCUAAUGAAAAUGAAAAUAAUAAAAUAAUUAGCGAAUAUGAUCUUAAAGCAAUGAAGAGUGUAUUAUUAUAUAAAAACCGAAUAUCAAGAGCAUCAAUAAACAAUUUAGAUGAUGUUAAAACUGUAUUUAAAAGAUGUUUUAAUAAGGAUGAUCCUGAAUUAAGUAAAAGUUAUGAACAAAUCCAAAACCAAGUAGCUAACGAAGGAACAACUAUAAUAGAUUAUUUAUCAAAUUAUAUUUCAAAUAUUUAUAUUAAAAUAAAUGAUGAAUUUGUAAAAAAUGAAGAAUUUCAACUAUCAAAAUAUAUUCCUGAACUUGAAAUAAUUAAUUAUGUACUUUAUAAUGGACCUAAAGAAAUAGGAAACAAAAUAAAAAAUGAAUUAAUCGAAAUAAAUAAUUUAAUAAUAUCUGAAUCUCUUACCUCAAUAUAUAGUUCUGUUGUUUCAGGGUUAAAUAUAAAUUGUAAAAUUAAAGAUGAUUUAAUAACUAUACUUAAUUUAGCAAAUGGUAAAUAUUUUAAAGUAAAUUUUAGUAGUCAAGCUACAAUGAUUAUUCCUGAGCAAUAUUCUCAUGAAUCUGAGCACAUGAAAAAAAUAUCAGAAUAUUUUAUUGAAAAAAAUCGAGUUUGUAAAAAUGAGAACUGUCCAAUCAAUUCAAAUUGUUAUGUUAUUGAUAGUGUAGAAACUUGUAGAUGUAUUCCAGGAUUUUCUAAAAAUGAAGAAAGCGAAAAUUUAGAAUGUUUAAUAAAUGAAUCUACUUCUUGUGAAAAUAAUAAUGGUGGAUGUGAUGUAAAUGCAAAUUGUAUAUUAUUAGAAGAUAAAAUAAUGUGUGAAUGUAAUAACAAAUUUAAUGGAGAUGGUAUUUAUUGUUCAAGUGCCAUUUAUUAUGGAAUGAAUGUUUUUAUUUUCUUUUUAAUUUCAAUAGUAUGCAUAUAUAUAAUGUAA